AUGAAAACCAAGGCACCCGUUUUGGCCGGUCUGCUGUCCCUCGCGGCUCGGACCGGCAAGGCUGACCCGACAUGGCCCGCCCCGAUCGACCACAUGGAGGAGAUCGUCUACCAACUCCAGGGUUUCAAGGGGAGCCUGUUCAACGACAUCAUCACGCCCUGCAACAAUGAAGCUGCCGGCCCUGGCCGCAUCACGGCCAGCGAGUGGCUUCGUGUGGGUUUCCAUGACAUGUCACCGCACAACCGCUUCUUCAGCGGCGGCACCGACGGUCUCGACGCCUCGCUCCAGUUUGAGCUCAACAAUGGCGAGAACACCGGUCCGGGCCACAAAACGACGCUCGAGUUCUUUGCCAACUACCUGAGCUCGCGGUCGAGCAUGGCUGAUUUGAUCGCCGCUGGAGUCUAUGCCUCGGUCCGUUCCUGCGGCGGCCCCGUCAUCCCCCUGAGACUGGGGCGGAAGGACGCGACCAGGGCCGGCGGCGGUGGCGUCCCGCAGCCUCAGAACUCGGCCUUCACAUUCCGAUCUCAGUUUGACCGCAUGGGCUUCACCCAAACCGAAAUGAUUCAGCUGGUCGCCUGCGGUCACACCCUCGGCUCCGUCCACAGCACCGAGUUCCCCCAAAUUGUCCCUGCCGAGAUUGGGCAUAUCCCCUUUGAUUCCAGCAGAGCCGGGUUCGACAACAAGGUUGUCACCGAAUAUGUUGCUCGCAACACGACCAACCCGCUUGUCAGCAAGGCGGCUGCCGACGCCGGCCGGAACUCGGAUUUCAAGGUCUUCAACUCGGACGGAAACGCCACCAUCAACACCCUGACAGAUCCGACCGUUUUCAGCAACACCUGCCGGACUGUGCUCCAGAAGAUGAUUGAUGUGGUUCCUGCUGGCGUCACCCUUACCGACCCUAUCGCGCCGUAUGCCGUCAAGCCGGUCGACAUGCAGCUGACCCUGAACUCGGACGGCACGUUUUCCUUGACUGGCUACAUCAGGGUCCGGACUACCGCACUGCCGGCCGACUCUAUCAAGAACGUGGUGCUUACCUGGAAGGACCGCAACGGUGGGAACAGCUGCGGAUCGUCCGUUACUUGCUCCACGACCGCUACCCUUCAGGGCGUCUCUGCCGGGUUCGACGAUACCUUUGGCUUCUUCCCUAUCCAAGCGACGAUUCCCGCUUCGUCCGGUAUCUCGUCCUUCACUCUUGCCUUGAACCUCAAUGACGGGUCGAGUCAGUCAUACGACAACAAUGGGAACUCCUACCCCAUGUCCGAUGCUGUGGUCCUGCAGAAGCCUCAGAGCUGCCUGCUUCAGGGAUCUGGCGCCCUGACCGUUUCUGCCCUGGUGCGCAAUGACCUUGUCGACCUUCCCGUGAAUCUGCUUGUCUCUUACCUGGUUCCCCGUAACACGGCCGACGGCAACCCUGUCCCGGCCUUGACCGAGUCUACCAUCCCAAUGGCGAAGGGAGACUGUGUUGGCCAGUACACCUUCUAUUCGGCUAGUUUCACCAUCCCAGGCGGCCUCAGCCACAAUGCCAGAAUCAGCGUGGCCGCAGGCUCGAAUGCCAACGCCUACACCGAUGCCUUCAACAAAGCCAGCGAUUUGUCUGGUACCUGCGGCACCUUUACCGGCGGCACAACCUGCUCCGACGUCACCACCUCGAGCGUCAUCACAUCGACGACGUCCGUUCCUCCAUCGAGCUCAACCAGCGUCCCGGCAACUACCACUAGCUCCAGCAGCUCGACCGGAUCCCCGACGCCUGCCGUCAAGCCUACCGUUGGCGGUUAUGUGUUUGUCAGCUGCUGGACCGAGGGGUCCGGCGUGCGGGCGCUGACCGGUGCCGCGUACGCCUACGACGAGAUGACCCUGGAGUCCUGCAUGGCCAACUGCACUGGCUUCGAUUACUGGGGCACUGAGUACGGCAGGGAAUGCUACUGCGGCAACAGCCUUGCCGCGAGCAGUACCGAGGCCGCUGUCGAGGAGUGCAACAUGGUGUGCGGCGGCGAUCCGACCGAGUUCUGCGGUGCUGGAAAUCGUCUCGAGCUGUACUCGACGACCGCGACUCGCACCUCGACUGCUACAUCUACUGCUACGGCCACUGCGACGUCGGGCCCUGCUAUCAAGCCCACUGUCGGCGCCUACACGCGCGUAGGGUGCCAGACCGAGGCCACGGCCGGCAGGGCGCUGUCCGCCAAGGAGGUCUUUGCCAACGACGACAUGACUCUUGAGUCGUGCGCCGCGUACUGCGAAGGUUUCACCUACUUUGGCGCUGAGUAUGGCCGUGAAUGCUACUGUGGCAACAACCUCAACGCAGGAAGCGUCCCAGCCCCGGAUUCGGAGUGCAACAUGCUGUGCGCCGGCGAUGCCCUGGAGUACUGCGGCGCCGGCAACCGCCUGGAGCUUUACCGGCUCUCCACCGUCUCUUUAUCGACCACGGAAGUCGUCACCAGCACUACCAGCACUACCUCGGCAAGCGCAACCGCUACCCUCUCACGCAACCCGAUUGUCUCUCCCUACUCCUUUGUCGGUUGCUGGACUGAAGGCACCGGCGUGCGUGCCCUGUCGGCCAAGACGUACGCCUCGGGCACCGACAUGACCCUCGAGAGCUGCGCCGCCUUCUGCGCAGGGUACAAGUACUUUGGCACCGAGUACUCGGCCGAGUGUUACUGCGGCAACACCCUCGACGCCUCGUCGUCCGAGGCCCCGUCCGUCGACGAGUGCUCCAUGACAUGCUCGGGCAACCCGCUGCAGUACUGUGGCGGGCCGAACCGGCUCGAGCUGUACGAGACCGACACCGUUUCCAACCCCGGCGGCGGCGGCGGCGGCGGUGAGACCCCCGGGCAGCCUACCCAGCCUGAGACGGUUGAGGGCGGGUGGACCUUCUACAAGUGCAUGACGGAGGCCAACGGCGCCAGGGCGCUCGACGCGAAGACGUGGGCGGAUGAUACCAUGACGCUCGAGGGCUGUGCGUCGUUCUGUGAGGACUAUGAGUACUUUGGGGCCGAAUAUGGGCGGGAGUGCUACUGCGGGAAUUCGUUUGCCGAAGGGGCCGUCGAGGCUCCCGCCAGCGAGUGCUCGAUGCCGUGUGCUGGGGACGGGGAGCAACUGUGCGGGAACGGGAACCGGUUGAGCGUCUAUUCCAAGACUGCAUGA